UUACUGACGAUUGGACGAGAGGAGCAUGCAGAGGAGCAUAAAAGGGGACCGCUGCUGUGCUGGACUCUACACUGACAGUUCAAGAAACGGGAGACCAUGACUCCUGUUUGGCUGCUGGCCUCGUUGGCCUUUGCCUUCUUGUCAUCUGUGACUGAUGGCGCUCCAUUGAAGGUGAUGUCUGCCCCCAACCUGUUGCGGGUAGCUACAGCAGAAAACAUUUUUGUGGAGUGUCAAGACUGCACUGGGGGUGACAUGAAGGUGGACAUCAGGGUGAUGAAUCAUCCCACCAAAACCAAAACGCUCAGCCUUGCAUCGGUGACCCUUAAUAGUGCAAACAACUUCCAGACCUUUGGGCAAAUUACGAUACCAGCAACCGACUUCAAUAAUGAUCCUAACAUGAAGCAGUAUGUGUACCUGCAAGCUCAGUUUCCUGAUCGACUGCUGGAAAAAGUUGUGCUGGUCUCCUUCCAGUCUGGCUAUAUCUUCAUCCAGACAGACAAGAAUCUCUACACUCCCGACAGCACAGUGAACUACAGGAUGUUUGCAGUCACGCCCCGCAUGGAACCUGUCGAGAGAGAUGACCAAAACAAAGCAGAGGCCGCCAUAACCAUUGAGAUGAUGACCCCAGAAGGCAUUGUUUUAUCACUUGAAACAGCAGUUUUUCUGAAGUCAGGGAUGCACUCUGGAAGGUUUCAACUUUCUGAACUUGUCAGUCCCGGACAAUGGAAAGUGGUGGCAAAAUUCCAAAGUCAUCCACAGCAAAGUUUCUUUGCAGAGUUUGAGGUCAAAGAGUACGUGCUCCCCAGUUUUGAAGUCAAGUUGACACCUCUGGUCUCCUUCUUCUAUCAGGACAGUGAAGAGUUCACUGUCAACAUCAGAGCCACGUAUCUUUUUGGUAAGGAGGUCGAUGGGACAGCGUAUGUGGUGUUUGGGAUUGUGCAUGACGGCCAAAAGAAGAGCUUUCCGGCAUCUCUUCAGAGAGUAUCUGUUGAGAGAGGUGUUGGAGUGGUCACACUCAAGAGAGCACAAAUCACGCAAACCUUCCCAAACAUCCCUGAGCUGGUGGGACAUCACAUGUUUGUGUCUGUCAGCGUAUUGACACAAAGCGGUAGCGAAAUGGUAGAGGCAGAGUUGAGAGGCAUCCAGGUUGUCACAUCUCCUUACAGUAUCCAGUUCAAGAAAACGCCCAAAUAUUUCAAACCAGGAAUGUCCUUUGAUGUUACGGUUGAAGUUCUGAAUCCUGAUAAAUCUCCAGCACGAGGUGUUCCUGUGGUGGUGAGACCAGGUGAGGUGAAUGGCUUCACCACAGAUGGCGGAUUAGCCAAGCUCACCAUUAAUACACUCGCAAGGGAUCCAAAAAUGACCAUCAAUGCAGUAACCAAUGAUCCUAAGCUUUCCUUAGAGAGGCAAGCAUCUGCCUCAAUGGAAGUACUCCCAUAUAACACCAAAAGCAAAAAUUACAUCCACAUAGGGGUGGAUACAGCUGAACUGGAUUUGGGACAAAACAUGAAAAUCAACCUUAAUCUACACAGGCAGUCAAACGAAGACACUGACAUCACAUACUUGAUCUUUGCCAGAGGUCAACUGGUGAAAUAUGGUCGUUUCAGGACAAGAGGGCAAAUUCUGAUCUCCCUCAAUGUUCCCAUCACCAAAGACAUGUUGCCGUCUUUCCGGAUCAUAGCUUACUACCAUGCAAAUGAGAAGGAGGUGGUCUCUGACUCUGUUUGGGUGGAUGUCAAGGACUCCUGCAUGGGCUCGCUGAAGCUGGAAUCAACGAUACCUGCAAAUUCCUUUGAGCCUGGCAAGCUGUUUGGACUAAAAGUCACUGGAGACCCGGACGCCACAGUGGGACUGGUGGCCGUUGACAAAGGCGUCUUUGUUCUGAACAAACAGCAUCGCCUCACUCAGAAGAAGGUAUGGGAGGCUGUGGAGAAGCAUGACACCGGCUGCACUCCAGGUGGAGGCAAGGAUGGCUUGAGUGUGUUCUAUGAUGCUGGGCUUAUGUUUGAGACCAGCACUGCAUCAGGAACGCCUUACAGACUAGAGCUGAAAUGUCCAUCAACCAGCAGGAAGAGACGAGCUUCUACUCUUUUAGAGGUUACAACAACCUUAGCGGGUAAAUAUAAAGGGAUACAAAAGGAAUGUUGUUUGGAUGGCAUGAGCGAAAUUCCUCUCUCGUACACUUGUGAAACGCGCAGCGAAUACAUCACUGACGGCGCGGAGUGUGUCGAGGCCUUCCUGCAUUGCUGCAAGGAGCUGGAAGCCCAGCAAGCUGACAUGAAGCACGACGCCCUCAAAAUUGCUCGCAGUGAGCAGCAGAAUAAUCAAUUUUACGUGGACAACAUUGAGAUUAUUAGCCGCUCCAAAUUCCCUGAAAGUUGGCUUUGGACUGAUAUCAAACUGCCUGCUUGCCCUCAACAAACGCCUAACUGUGACACCACAUCACAUUUGAGUUAUUUUCCCUUGCAAGACUCCAUCACAACGUGGCAGUUCAUGGGCAUUAGUCUAUCCAGAACUCAUGGAAUCUGUGUUAGUAAGCCUUUGGAGGUGAUUGCAAGGAAGGAUUUCUUCAUUGACCUGAAGCUUCCUUAUUCUGCCGUGCGUGGAGAGCAGAUUGAAAUUAGAGCAAUCCUCCACAACUACAGCCCCAAUAAGAUCGACGUACGUGUGGAUCUUUUUGAGACGGAGCAUGUGUGCAGCGCAGCCUCCAAGCGUAGGAGGUUUCGCCAGCAGGUUGAAGUCGGGCCCCAAACUACGCAAGCUUUACCCUUUAUCAUCAUUCCCAUGAAGGAAGGACAGUUUGAUAUUGAAAUCAAAGCAGCAGUGAGAGACUCGCAUCUCGGCGAUGGAAUCAUAAAGACGCUGCGUGUGGUGUCAGAAGGUGUUCUGGUUAAAGCCCCUCAGGUAAUAACCCUUGACCCUGCCAAUAAUGGUCAAGGUGGGAAACAAGAAGUCAUUCUCAACAGCCAAAUUCCUAAGACAAAUUUGGUACCAAACUCACCCACUACCACACAGAUCUCUGUGAUAGGUAGAGAACAAGUGAGUCUACUCGUGGAAAAUGCCAUUGCUGGAACAUCCAUGGGUAGUCUGAUCUAUCAGCCCGGAGGCUGUGGCGAGCAGAACAUGAUCCACAUGACCCUGCCUGUAAUUGCAACCACAUAUUUGGACAAAACCAACCAGUGGGAAACUGUAGGCUUUCAGAAACGUACCGCAGCCCUACAACACAUCAAGACAGGAUACAAAAAUGAGCUUGCAUACCGGAAAAAAGACGGUUCUUUCUCUGUGUGGGCCGGGAGACAGAGUAGCAGCUGGCUGACAGCCUACGUCGCCAAGGUUUUCUCCAUGGCCAACCAGCUGGUGGCAGUGGAAAGGGAUGUGAUAUGUAGUGCUGUCAAGUUUCUUAUUCUCAAUGCACAGCAACCUGACGGAAUGUUUCGAGAAGUUGGAACAGUUGCUCAUGGCGAGAUGAUAGGCGAUGUGCGCGGUGGAGACUCAGAUGCCUCCAUGACGGCCUUUAAUCUUAUUGCAAUGCAGGAGUCAAGGGCACUUUGCGCUGAGUCUGUUAAUAGUUUGGAAGACAGCGAAGCCAAAGCGCUUGCUUACUUGGAAAAACGUCUACCCAGCCUCGUCAACCCAUACGCUGUUGCCAUGACAUCAUAUGCUUUGGCGAAUAAGAACAAAUUGAACAAGGAACUCCUCUUUCGGUUUGCUUCCCCAGACUUAAGCCACUGGCCUGUGCCAAAGGGACAUAUUUAUACUCUGGAAGCUACAGCCUAUGCGCUUCUUGCUCUGGUCAAGGCCCAGGCCUUUAGUGAUGCCGGACCUGUGGUACGAUGGUUCAACAAACAGCAGAAGGUGGGCGGAGGUUAUGGAUCAACUCAGGCUACCAUCAUGGUGUAUCAAUCUAUCGCUGAAUACUGGACCAAUGCCAAAGAGCCAGACUAUAAUCUGAAAGUGGACAUCGAGCUGCCGGGCAGAUCAAAGCCUAUCAAAUAUAGCAUCAACAACGAGAACCACUAUGCCACAAGAACAUCUGAUAUGAAGCAGAUUAAUCAGGAUGUGAAAGUGACGGCAGAAGGUACCGGAGAAGCAACGCUUACAAUGGUGUCGCUGUACUAUGCCCUGCCUUCCCAAAAAGAAAGUGACUGUGACAAGUUUAACUUGUCAGUGCAGCUGAUCCCAGAAAAAUUAGACGAGGAUGAGAACACAUACAAGCUGAAGAUAGAGGUUAUGUAUAAGAACAAGGAGCAUGAUGCUACCAUGUCAAUCUUGGACAUUGGCUUGUUGACUGGUUACACUUUCGACACUAAAGACCUGGACUCAUUGUCCAAAGGACGUGCCCGCAUCAUUCCAAAGUAUGAGGUGAACUCAGCCCUGUCAGAGAAAGGCUCUCUCAUCAUCUAUCUGGACAAAGUUUCUCACAGGCGUCCAGAGGAAAUCAGCUUCAGGAUCCACCAGAAGUAUAAAGUGGGUGUCUUACAACCAGCUGCUGUAUCUGUUUAUGAAUACUAUGAUCAGACGCAAUGUGUGAAGUUCUACCAUCCGGAGAGGAAAGCAGGGCAGCUGCUCAAACUGUGCAGAAAUGAUGAAUGCACAUGUGCUGAAGAGAACUGCAGUCUUCAGAAGAAGGGCCAAAUCAGCAACGACUUGCGCACAGAGAAGUCUUGUGAGAGUACACCAACCAGCAAGAUAGACUUUGUGUACCAGGUGAAGAUAGAAGACUUUGUCGACGGCGUGUCAACCGACAUUUACAAAGCACGAGUGAUGCUUGUCGUCAAAGAAGGAAGUACCGAUAUGGGUGCUCAGGGCAAACUGCGCACAUUCCUCAGCUAUCCACACUGUAGGGAGGCUUUAGAUCUGGAUGUAGGCAAAACCUAUUUAAUUAUGGGCUCAUCCAGGGAUAUUUACAGAGAUGAUCAGAGGCAAACGUUCCAGUACGUGCUUGGAGAGAAAACCUGGCUGGAGUAUUGGCCCACAAUUCCAGAGUGCCAAACAAUGCAAUUCAGAAUUACAUGCUUAGGCAUGGAACAGCUGGUCAAGAAAUAUGCGGAUUUUGGAUGUGAGCAAUAGUCAAAGCCAUGCUGAUGCAAUGAUUUUGUUUUGCAAUACUGUCAUUUUGAACAAUUUCUGCUGUUGUAAAAUGAAAAUGUUACACUAUCCUUUAAAUUAAAAUGAAAUAUGUUCUGGA